UGCUUUUGUUGUGCGGCGCUUUUUGGCCCCAACAUAAAUAAAAAACGCAAAAGCAGAGGGUGGAGCAGAAGUCCGCAAAUCAAAUGAACGAAUAGGAUAAUAAUGGCCACGCUAGCGAAGCCCAAGAAAGUGAAAACGAAGAAGCCUCAGCGCGAGAGCCAGCAGUCGCAGAGACUAAGCCUGCAAGAGGAAGAAGAACAUGACGACGAGUUAUCAACAAGUAGUGUAGCUGCAGCACCAGAACAAAGGGCCACAGAAAAUGUUUCGCUCUUGGAAGAGUUUGAGCGCGUCGCUGCGUUGGCCAGCAGCAGCAGCAGCGGGGCAGAGGGCAUCAUUAGUCACGAUUGCUGCAUUUCCAGCGAUGUAUUGGAGGUGCCGACGCAGCCAGAGGCAGAGGCAGAACCCGAGCCGGAACCGGAAGUGCAGCUAGAACCAAGUGCACCCAGUGCACCGCCUUCAAGCAGUGCUAAAAUAGUGCAAUAUCCGAAUCUCCAGCCCAUGAAGCUGUCCAAUGCCCAGAUCGAAGAGCAUUCAUCGAAGAUUGUGUUUCGUCAGCCCGAUUGCCAGCCAGUAGGAUUUGCCCUAGUGCGCAGCAACCUCAAGCCACUGGACGCCGAGCAGCUGCGGAAAAUCUACGACUGCCCGGAUCUGGAACUGGCCAAGCAGUUUGAAUUGGAAUUCCUCAUGAACUCGCUGCUGGAGUCGAGCGAAGCAGAUCCCCUCUAUGCUGCGCUCCUGGAAUACUAUCAACUGCAGAGCAAACUAACCUCGAAUCUGCACGAUGUGGAGAAGCUGCGAAAAGCCUGUGUGGAGGCGCAGGAGAAGAUUUGGGAGCGAAAGUCAGUGAGUCGCACCUUUCGCGGCACUUGUGGCGAUGGCAACGUGGUGCAGGAAAGCAUUACCUACGAAACCAUAGAAGUGGACCAAAUCAAGCUGGAGCUGACGCAAGUGGUCUUUACAAGCCUCUACGACCUGGUUUCGCACACCUACACGAACAAUCUGAUCACAGCGAAGAUAACCAACGUGAAGAUCGACCAGAUGAUCAAUGAACUGCUCUCGUAUCCCCAUGUCGAUGCCCAAGCAGCCAUUUCAUUGAGCUCCCAACUGGAUGCGGCGGCUCUCCAGUUUGUGGGGAAGCUGCGCGGUGCCAUCUCCAUUCUGUUCAGCUUUGUCAGACGGCCCAGUCCAAAUGUGAACUUUGACAAGGAUCUGAAGGCGUGGCUGCGCAAGCUGAUUGCUUUGCAGCUGCUGCUGGCCACCAAGGAGGAUCACUGGUUCCUGCUGUUCAACAUACUCCGUUGCCCUAAUGGCGUGGGCUCGUGGGCAGCCCAAUUCCUGCAGCUGCCCGGCAUGAGGCUGCCAAGCCGAGGCAGUCAGCAGAAUGAGCUGCCCUUGGGCCUGAACUCGCCGGAACUAAAUCACUGCAUGGCUGUGCUGCAGAUCCUAUUGAUGCCUGUGAAAAGACGCAAUGAGUAUCUGAAGAGCCAGGCCCAAGCGCACCGCGAGCUGUCGGGGUCGACGGGCGCUGCAGACUGCUGGACAGUGGUCGACUCGGAUGGCGAAGACGCACAUACACCCACCGGCGACUGCAUUGGUCUCAAGGAGAGUGAUCUGAUAGCGCUGCUAAACCAACUUCCAUUCGAGAAGAUCUUUACAUCGGCAAUGCGAAUAGAAAAGUUUCUGGACGACUACAUCAUCGAGCCGGAUAUGAUAACGGGUCAACAAAUGCUCUCCGUUGUGGUUUUCCUUGCCCAACUGGUCAAGACGCUGGGCGAGGGCAUGCUGACAUACAACAACGAGCGAUACAAGCAGCUGGCCAAGCGAUUGGGUCGCCUGGUACGUCACACGCUGCAGUACGUCUUCGACUAUAAUGAGCUUUUUCUGCACAACAACUUGAGCAAAUCCUCAGAGCUUUACGAACGGAUUCAGGUGGAGCUGCAGGCGUUGCUUCUACGAGCCUGCGGCUACAUUUAUCGCACCCGCAAUCUGGGCACUUGGCAGUACUUCUCGACGCUGCCGUUCGGCACACUCGACGCUGAGAUCAUUUGGCAUCUCUUCUACUAUCUGAAUGUGGGCUUUCCCACGGAUCUGUCCACCGAUUUGGUGGGCAAUGCGGAGGCCGCCUGCCAGGCCGACGACUUUUGGAGCAAGUUCGAUCAGGCCAAUGCGGAUGUGGCGCCCGAGGAUAUGUACUACCUGCUGCAGACUUUCUUUGAGAUGGCCAACGACCGGAAUCGCACCAAAGAUUGGAGCCUCAUCAAGGCGAUUUGUCUGCACAUCUUCCACAUGGGCUACAUCCAUCGGCCGACCAGAGAGAUUUGUUAUAAGACAGCCCGCGACAUGCUGGCCAACCUCAUGCAAGAGGAUCUCCUGGGCUGCUUCCUCGUUCAGCUGAAGGUUCGUUACGGAGAGGUCGACCAGGCGGCGUAUCUGUUCAAGGCGCUGCCCCUGGAUGCCUGGCGCCCCUGCAUGGACAGCUUCGAGGUGCUCUCCAAUUGGCUCCUGCACUUUGACUACCAGUCGUCGGAGAGUCAUUUGGCACGGUUGAUCAUCAGCCACCUCAACUGGGGCUUUGAUAUCGAAGGUCGCCUCUUUCUGCCCCACAACAUACACGUGCGCAUGGCGUAUCUGGUGAAUGAGGCGCUCAACAAGUACGCCCCGGAGGUGAUUGGUGCUUCGGGCAUUUCGGAGAGCGUGCGUCAGGUGUCGUCGCUCAUUGACUCGACGCAAUCGAGUCGGGAGCAGUUCACCAACUGGUGCUGGCGCAUGAUAUCCAUGCUGCGUCUCCAUCUGAUGGACCAAGGCGUGGAGUCGGUGAAGCGAACGUUGCAGCAUCCCACAGAGCCGCUGCUCUUCAUACCCGCACUGGAGAACAUGGAGAUGAUCUUCCAGGGUGUGGCCGAGCAGCGACCCUUGGCCCUGUAUGUGGGCAUGCUCGUCAGUCUGCACGGGCACUCCAUACCGCUGAUCUGCCAGCAUGGCUUCGACUUGCUGCAGAAGCUGCUGCUGGAUCAUCGGCAUGCGGCGACCAUACGCUGUCUGGAAUUGAUUGUUCCGCUGUUUCUGGAGACACCCGAGACGCUGGCCCACUGUGAGAACUUCCAGAGGCUGCUGCUGACGCUGCUCAAUGCGGAUAGGACGUACCUUAAGCUGGCCAAGGACAUGGUCUAUGCCAAUUCGAUAGGCCCCAUUCUGGAGCUGCUCGAUAACAUGCUGCAUCAUCAGAUUAUCUCCUAUACCAGCUAUGGCCUCUGCUCGCCGCUCAAUCUGCUCAACAUCUGGCUGAAUUGCUUCACUUCGUUGCCAGGCUGGUCACAGAAUGCGAAUCUGUUGUACCUGCUAGACCGAAUGCUGUGCAUCUCCUACCAGUUUCCCGACUGUCGUGCCCAGGCUGUGGAGUUCUUCUACAACUUCUACAAGGACUGCAGCGAGUGGAAGACACCCGCCAAGUCAUCCGCCUUGAAGGCAUUCUUUGGCCAGCAGUCCUCCGUCUCGCGCAAACCUCUCAUCUCGCCGCAGAACUGCUGGCUAAAUCUGGUGCUGCUGGAGAUAGAGUUCCGGCUGGUGGACACACGCCUCUGGCCGGAGCUUAUGCGCCAGCUCUCUGUUCAGCCCAUGGAGGCGGCACUCAAGAAAACUCUGUCGCUGAGCAAAACAAAUGCCUUCCCGCCCAACCAGUUGGUGGUCUUUAAGUACGCUCAGCUGCUGGCCAGCAUGGACACCAGCCAUGCGCUCUUUCCCAUCGUUUGCCAGAAGUUCUUCGAGCUCUAUCUGUGGCGAGUGCCCAGCGAGGGCGAAUCUCUCAAUUUCAGUCACAAUUUUGGGGUCUCAGACAAGUUCUACGAGCACAAUGUGCCCCUGAUGAAGACCAUCAAGGGACAGCUGAAAUCCUCCGAAGGGUACUACGCUGCUCUGGCCCUCAAGUUUGCCAGUGACGACUCGCUGGCCCAUUUCUACCGCAGCUGCUGCAAGCUGAUGCAAAACUGUGGGCUCUGGCUGGAGGAUACUCAAAUCAAUCGAUUCACCAGCGACGCCGAACAGCUGCCGCCGCAGUACAACAGCGAGAAGCUGCGGGAGCUGCUUGGCGGCCAUGUCAACCACUGGACAGAGUUCCUGUACCUCGCCACGCUGCGCAAGGAGCAGCGUCAUCAGGCCGAUCAGUGGGGACGCAAAGUGUUUCGCUUGGCCAGCCAAAGGCCGCCGCGCAGUCCGGUGCAGCCCAAGGCCCGGCAGUUGCCAGCUCAGCAUAUCAAAAGCCUUUUAAGUACCUAUGAGAAAAGCCUUCCCAUUCCGGCCCACGCUCGCUGCGAGCCAGUCCGAGCGCCACCGGUCGAUGCUGACAUUGUGUUUCAGCUGAAGAAGCUCCUUGGGAUAUUUCAUUCGACUGCCAAAAACUAUCAUUAUAUGACCUCGGAGCUCAACUCGCUGAACCUCAACUACCUGCAGGAUGUGCGGGCCAUGUACCAGAUGGUGCCGUACGACGAGACGAGGCGCAAGGAAUGCAGCUCCCUGCUCUUUAAUCGUACCUGCACUGCGCCCGCUCAGAUCACAUUGAGGCCGGAGCAUAUACGGCGUAACGAAAAAAUAUUCCGCAAGCAGCAGCUGAACAGGGAUCGGCAUGAGAAGAGUCUCGAGGCGCUGUUGAUGGCCGCGAAUGUUGAUCGGUUUGCUCAAUGCAUCGAGGACUUUGGCCUCUGUAUUGGGGCUCUGCUGCAGGCUCCAAGUGGCAGGAGGGUGACAGAUCUGGGCGUGGCCAUAUUCUACCACUUGGUGGAGAGCCUCAACGAAGUGACGAUGGAGUUUCAGCCCACCCGUGACCUCUACUUCCAAGUGCUGGAGCAGCUGGGCGUCUUUCUGCAAGCCGAUCAGGCAGCCCAGGGACUGCCGGUGCUCAAACUGGCCCUCAAGCGUCCCGAUCUCCUCGAGCUGCUGGCCGCCGUCUUUGUGCCCUCGCGAACGGACGUUGAGCACUUUCUGCCCAUGUACGAGUUUCUCAUUGACUCGCAUCUGAAGCGCUGCGACACCAAAACCCUCUUUGUGCUGUUCUCCAAGUUCGAUUUGCUCAGCUGGCUGGAGGCGUAUCAGCCGAAGCUGAGCGAGAUCAAUGGCCUGCUGCUGCUGGUGCUGCAGGGGCUGGAGGCCUGGUCCCAGCCGGACUCUAGACUGCUGCAAGAUCAAUUCCGUCGCCACUUGGUGCACAUUUUCUGCUACGAUUUCCCCCAGCACUACGGGGAGGUAAUGCAACUGGUGCUGGAUCGCAUCUCGGAUCAGAAACUGAUGCCCCUCGUGCUGGUCGAUCUGCUGAACGCUCUCUUUGCCACCUGCAAUUGCCAGGAACUGGCCAUGGAUCAAUACGAGCCGCAGGUGCACGAACUGUCGCUGGACUUCGCACGACGCCAGAAGCUGUUCACCCUGAAGGCCGCCACGGACACGUUGCUGCUGUUUUCCAGGCACUUCCAGAAGGAGCGGCUGCACCACGGUCUGCAUGGAUUGUAUCCCAAGCACAAGGACUAUUGCAAGGCGCUGAUCCUGUGGUUCACCUGCUUCGGGCAUAUGCUGCUGGCCUCGGCUAUCUGCAGCUAUCAGGAGCUACUGGCGGAUCAGAUCAGCGACAUUGUGUUUGGAUCCAUUGUGGAGACCUAUGGCCCCUGGCUGAUUCCCUACACUGAGCAGACGGCCAGUGGCGUCGCCCACUGGAUACGCCAGCUGACACCCGGCCAAAACAAAGUUCUGCUGCCUUGGAGCGAGCCGCAAGUGAGCAGCAGCAAGCUCAUGAUUCGCUCCUUCACGGCCACCAUCCUGCAAGUGCUGCAGUACCUGCCCUCGUCCAGCAUGAUCCUCGAGCAUGUGUUCGCCUGGUAUGUGCACCACUUUGCACAGCCCAACAUGGCCGGCCAUGUGCUGGCCCCCAUUCACGAGGGUCUGGCCCAAUUGCCCUGGGAACGCUUCCUGCCACCCACCAAGCAUAUCGAGCUGCUGUACGAGAGCCUGCAGCGCUUUACGCCCGAGUCGCAUGCAAUGCUGGGCCACAUCUUCAUACGGAUCGACUGGAGCAGCUGGUUCGCACAGAUGCCACAGCCGGUGGCUGUUCUGUCGCGACUCUUUGGCAUUUUCGUGAAGAUGGCCUUUGAGCCGAACAUUCACAUACAUCCGAAUACGAGCAAAAUCCUGGAGGAGGCCAUUCAAUAUCCCUGGCAUCUGGUCGAGUACAGCGAGCUGGAGCAGCUGCUCAAGUGGUUUGUGGCCAGCGUGGAGCCAGCGAUUGUCCUGAAGCUGCCUGCCGAGAGCAACUAUGCGGAUCGCGCUGUCUUAGAUCUUUUACGUCUCGCCUGCGCCAUGCUGCCCGAGCGUUCCGCUCAAGAUGCUGUUGUUUUGGGCACUGCCAAGCGCAUGCUGUACACACGCUCCAUGGUACGGUUGCAGCGUGCCUGUGGGGCCAAGCACAAGAAAUUGCUGGCCACCAAAGAGGGGGAGCGUGCCUUUUCCGAAGCCUUUUUGGAGCUGUUGAACAGCAUCGAUCGGGCCAUCAGCAGCUGCAGUGAGCAGUGUACACCCGAGGAGCAGCGCCGCGAGGCCCUCAACCUAAUGCUCGAACUGGUGGCCCCCACACAGACGCAGAGCCAAGAGGUUUCCAUUCUCCACAUUAAGGCGCUGGUGUUGUGGCAGCAGCAGUGUGCGCCGGGCAAUCUGGUGAUGUGCUCCGCCCUGCCAGCCAUUGGACACUUGAACACCUACAUUGCCAGCAUCUACAGCCUGCUGGAGGCCAGUGUGGAGAGCUACUUCCGCACAUCGACGGAGUGCGCGCCCUGGCAUGCGCCCAGUUGGCAAGGACUGUUUGAGGCGUUGAGCAUGUCGCUGCCCAAGCUCGAACUGAUGCCGAUCAUGCAGGGCAGCUACUUCUUUUCGCUGCAUGUCUUUGUCCUGUACAAGAUGGAGGAAAUUGCCACGGACGGGGACAAGGUGACCUUCCUGCAGGACCUCAGCCAAUUGCUGGACAACCUGAAGACGAAUCCGGUGACCGAACCGCGUCUGGCCCUCGUCUGGGGCGCCAUCAUUUCGCGCGGCUGCCAAAUACUGCAGGUUAAUGCUCACGUGAAGAAGCCGCUCCAUAUGCUGGCGCGUCAGCUGCAGAUUGCCUCCACAAAAGCCGAGGGCUGGGGCGACGGCCUGUUGGGCGUCAUUGGGCUCAGGUCGGAGAUCAUUACGAAUAGACGAAAAGUGCUGACCCGCUGCCUGGCCUGCGUCAUCUUCUCGCUGUGCCCGGCCAACCGUGAGCUACGCCUGCCCUGCGAGGAGUACGAGAGCAGCAUGCGGGAGCUGUCCAUGCUGCUGGCCAACAAGAAGUUCGCCGAUGUGAAGCCCCUGAUUGUGCAUGCCAUAAGUCUGCUGAAGGAGCAUUGCCUGCCCGAGGCGCGUGCUGUUCCCCAUUUGGUUUGUCGCCUGAUCGGCAUAUUUUACGCCCAGAGCUACCUGACAACCAUUCCAGAGGUGUGGGACUUUGAUUUCCGACUGAAUGCAGCAGCGUAGCGCUCUCUCCGAUUUCCAUGUGAACACUUAUCGAUCCCAACAGCCAGUUGUGUUAUUUUCUAUGGGAUUUUAUUAUCUUUAUUACAUAUAUGUAUAUCUAGAUUUAGGGCAAAUAAAGUGAUUGAUUUUUGCAUUGCGAAUGCUGAGUGGA